ACUCGCGUUGACCGGUCACCAUCGCGAGGAGGCAACAGGAAAGCACAUUCGCGAUUCAGUUGUUUGUAAUGAUCGGCGUGGUUUUCGCGUAUUUUUUGACAUCCGCGUAUAGUUUUUCCUCGUAUUUGCGCGUUCAUUUGACAAUUGUGUGGGGACAGUGUGCGGCGGUUGAUCCGCAAAGUGUAUAGUUGCCUAUGGUCGACAUACACCUUGAAUUUUCCGAGAGAAAUUCGUCAGGUGUGCCUAACGAGAAAAGCGUAUAGGAAUCCGAAGCGAAGCCCGGAGCUCAGAAGGAGCCAGAUGAGAAGUGGGCGAUGCUGCUGCUGCUGCUGCCUCUACCGCUGCUGCAAUCGUAAAACACACAAUGAACCCGACACAGUACGGAAAGGAUCCCAUUAGCAUCCACGAGCUGCGGCGAGAUGAAAACCCGGUGCGACGGGCCAAUCCUUUCUCGCGGUUCACCUUCUGGUGGCUGAAGGACCUGUUUCGCGUCGGACUCGAACGGCCAAUUGACGAGGCCGACAUCUACGAGCCGCUCACCGAGCACCAGAGCGAACAGCUCACCUAUCGGUUCGAGGACUGCUGGAAGCGGGAGUUAAAGCGUGAUAAACCGAGCUUUCUGGCGGUCAUUCGGGUGAUUUACGGAUGGACCAUUCUGUCGAAGGGCUUUCUGUAUACCUCGGUGGAUUCGUUCUCAAGGAUCUUUCAACCGUUAUGUCUUGGAGGGCUGGUUUCGUAUUUUGCGCCCGGGCAGACCACCAUUAGCAAGGAGGAAGCGUACGGAUAUGCGGGCGGAAUUGUGCUUUGCUCGCUGCUGCCGGUGAUGAUAUUCCAUCACUACAUUCUGUACAUAUUUCAAAUCGGAAUGAAGAUACGAGUUGCGUGCUGCUCGUUAAUGUACAAAAAGGCGCUUCGCAUCACCAAGGCAGCCGGCACCGAUGGCCUCACCGGACAGGUGAUUAAUCUGAUGUCCAACGACGUUAGCAACUUUGACACGGCUGUCGGUUUCGUGCAGGACAUCUGGAAGGGUCCCAUCGAGCUGCUGGUGCUGGGUUUCUUCAUAUACCGGGAGAUUGGCGUCGCCGGUUUGAUUGGUAUUGCAUUCCUGCUGAGCUUCAUACCGUUGCAAGCAUGGGUCGGCAAAAAGGCGGCCUCGUAUCGGCUCAAAACGGCCACACGCACCGACCGGCGUGUCCGCUUUAUGAACGAAAUCAUUCAGGCCAUCCAGGUGAUUAAGAUGUACGCCUGGGAGCCGAGUUUCGGCCGAAUGGUGGAUCAAAUCCGGCGCCGGGAGAUUCGCGGCAUCCGGGGCACGUUGUUCAUACGUGCCGGCCUACUGUCGUUCAAUCUGGUCUCGCGGUUAUCCAUCUUCCUGAGCCUGGUGGGGUACUGCUACUUCGGAAAUGUGUUCACCGCCAAGAAGGUGUUCAUCGUCACCUCGUACUUCAACUUGCUGUACAGUUCUAUGCUGCACUUUUGGCCCCUGGCGCUGACUUCCGUCGCCGAGGGGUUGAUCUCGAUACGGCGGAUUGAGGAGUUUUUGCUGUUGCCGGAGCGGAAAAUGGUUGGGUUGUCGGGGGUGGUACCGGUGGAAAAAGCUGCUGCCCCUAAUGGCCAUUUGACGCCGAAGAGCGGUGCUGUUGGAGAUGAGAGCGAGAUGAAGCUAAUGGAAAACGUGCAAAUGACCAACGGCGCUGGUAGUGGAGACGGUGCUGCUGGCGGUGGGGAAAAGAUUCCAACUACGGCGAUGGCAAUGACUGCGGUCGGGAAGAUUCGCAGUAAAAGGUUCGUGAAUAAGAAAGGUUUUGCCCGCAGGGGAGUUUUCAUGCGCGAUGGAACCGCUAGUUGGAGUAAGGAUAUCGCAAUGGGUGAGACGACAGGAACCGGAAUCCGCAACAUCACUCUCGCCGUGGAAAAAGGCAAACUUUGUGCUGUGGUUGGCCUGGUUGGUAGUGGCAAGUCAACACUACUGCAGGUCAUUCUUGGCGAGCUGGAGUUAGACGAGGGUCAGCUGGAAAUCAGUGGUGACAUCAGUUAUGCUUCCCAGGAGCCGUGGCUGUUCGAGGGCUCGGUCAAAAAUAAUAUAGUGUUCAUAGAAGAUUACAACGAAAAGCGCUACCGGGAGGUGGUUAAAGUUUGCGCUUUGGAACGGGACUUCCAGCUGCUUCCACUGGGCGAUGAAACGAUUGUUGGUGAGCGAGGUAUCAGCUUGAGCGGCGGACAGCGGGCUCGGAUCAGUUUAGCCCGGGCAAUCUACCGAAAGGCGGACAUCUAUCUGCUGGAUGAUCCGCUUUCCGCCGUCGACACCCACGUGGGGAAGCACAUCUUCGAGCAGUGCAUAAAGGAGUAUCUGAAGGACAAAGUUUGCGUGUUGGUAACGCACCAGCUCCAGUAUCUGAAGGACGUCGGACAUGUUGUGCUGAUGGAGGGGGGCGUGGCACUGGCCCAGGGCGCCUAUCGCACUCUGGAACAGUCCAAUACGUAUCCCAUACUGACUGCACUGGCUCACGAGCAGGAAGCCCAAGAGCAGCACGAGAAGAACCAACUGCCACCGGUGGAAGACAUCCUGGACAACAAUGGUGGGACCGAUGGAGUGAGACCGACGGUAACGGGAAUGAAAACGGCAGGCACCGAAGGCGAGAAUCCAAUCUCAUCCGCUGCUAACGGUGCUGCCGCCAUGGCAAGGUACCGCAGGAAUUCGGCCACCAGUCCUAUCGUCAUGCCGCCGGCCCAUCGGAUGGCCCACUCGCACCAAUCCCUGUACCAGCCGUCGCCCUUUUCGUCCUGCAGCAUGGUGUUCGAUGGCUUCGAUGAUGGACUCGAUGACGAUGGCGCCCCGCUCGGGUACAGCCGGAAGAAGAGGCGUCAAACUUCGUCGGCUGGAUCCGGUGGAAUACACCGACCACCGAAGGCUGCUGGCAUAGCGACCGGUGCCGCCAAUAACGGCGAUGCCGGUGGUGUCAAUAGAGAGUCUCAAAUUGCCGGCACGAUUGGCUUUUCCGUGUACAAGAGCUACUUCAAAGCCGUCCAGAGUGGGUUGCUGUUGGUGAUGGUUGCGGUCUUGUUCCUGCUGGCACAGGGUACCAUGAGCGGUAUCGAUUACUUUAUCUCGCAGUGGGUAAACCAGGAGGAGUUCCUAAGCCAAAAAGCCACCGCAGCAGCCUCGACCAAUGCCACCGAAAGCGUGUCCUCCAAGCUGGCGGGAACCGUGUUUGCCGAGCUAAACCGGGAGCAGUAUCUGCUUAUCUACUCGGGUGCGAUGGGGGUGAUGCUGUGUCUAUCGCUCAGCCGGUCGUUUUCAUUUUUCUAUCUCUGCCUGAGGGCCUCGAUCCGGCUGCAUGACCAACUAUUCCGCGGCAUCACCCGGGCCACCAUGUACUUCUUCAAUACGAACCCCUCGGGGCGGAUUCUGAAUCGGUUUUCGCGAGAUAUCGGCUGUAUCGAUAUCUUUCUGCCGUCGGCUAUGAUGGAUUGCGUUCUGUUCUUCGUAGAAUUUACUGCCAUCAUCUGUUUGGUAGCCAUCGUUAAUUACUGGCUGCUGCUGCCAACGGCCGUUAUGGGAGUGCUAUUCUAUGGCCUUCGGCAUAUAUACACCAACACGUCACGCAGUAUCAAGCGAGUGGAAUCGUUGACUCGAAGUCCAAUAUUUUCGCACGCCAAUGCGUCAUUCCAGGGGCUGACGACAAUCCGAGCCUUUGGAGCGGAGAAAAUCCUUGCCUAUGAGUUCGAUAAGCAUCAGGAUCUCAACACCUCAGCAUGGUAUCUGUUUCUGGCGACGACAAGAGCCUUCGCCCUAUGGUUGGAGUUGGUUUGCGUGCUGUAUAUUGCUGUGGUCACGUUCAGCUUUCUGCUGAUGGAAAACACUAUGAGCGGCAAUGUCGGUCUGGCCAUCACCCAGGUGUUCAAUCUGAUCUUCAUGUGCCAAUGGGGUAUGCGCCAAACGGCACAGCUAGAAAACCAGAUGACCUCAGUCGAGCGUGUGGUUGAGUACGCAGAGAUGGAAUCCGAACCUUCGCUGGAAACGGUACACCCGCAGAAGAAACCCGCCUCCGAUUGGCCUUCCAAGGGGUCAAUCAAAUUCGAGUACUUUUCCCUGCGAUAUUCGCCGGGUAGUGAGCUGGUGUUACGCGAUCUCCAUUUCGUGAUCGAGGCGAAGGAAAAGAUCGGAAUCGUUGGACGAACCGGAGCCGGCAAGUCGUCGAUCAUCCAGGCUCUUUUCCGACUAGCGGUCAAUGAAGGGCUGGUCAAGGUGGACGAUGUGGACAUCGGAGGAUUGGGGUUGCAUGAUUUGCGAAAGAAGAUUUCGAUCAUACCGCAGGAUCCCAUUUUGUUUUCGGGGAAUGUGCGGAGCAAUUUGGAUCCAUUUGAUCAGCACUCGGAUGAGGAAAUAUGGCGGUCCUUGGAAUUGGUGGAACUGAAAGCUGUUGUGCAGCAGAUGAAGGGUGGGCUUGACGCGAAGAUGUCAGAUGGUGGAUCAAAUUUCAGUAUGGGACAUCGACAGUUGGUAUGCUUAGCACGAGCGAUCUUGAAAAAUAACCGAAUUUUAAUUCUGGAUGAAGCCACUGCCAACGUGGAUCCGGAAACCGAUAAAUUGGUUCAGCGAACGAUACGUGACCAAUUCGGGGAAUGUACUGUCCUUACGAUCGCUCAUCGGCUGCAUACGGUCAUGGACAGCGAUCGGGUAUUGGUGAUGGAUGCCGGGAAGGCGGUGGAGUUUGGACAUCCACAUGAUUUGCUCAAUCAAUCGAAUGGAUUUUUACGUAAGCUGGUUAAUCAGACCGGAGAAGCAACCGCAGGUCAACUGGCGACUAUCGCCGAGAGGAAUUUUAGGAGACGCAAAGAUGAGAAGAGUUGAAGUGAGAUUGGCAACUUUUUUUUGACAGCGGCGAAUCUCGAUUUUGUGGAACUUUUUCCUACCCGAGUUACUAUAAGAUUAAAAAAUUACUUUAAAUUAAGAUUAAAAAUUUUGUAUGAUGCGCCAAAUAAAAGUCUGUUAUAAGUGCAAAUUUUACACAAGAA